AAAUAAAUAUUUUAGUUGCAAAAUUAAUCGAUGAGCGAAUACGACGAAUUAUUUGAUGCCGAUUUUGAUAAUAAUAUAAACUUUGAAUUAUGCAAUGAAAAUGACGAAGAAAAAUUUGAUGGACUUGAUAAACAUGCGGCACAAACAUGGAUUUACCCCACCAACUUGCCAUUACGCCAAUAUCAAUUCGAUAUUGUACAAACCGCAUUAUUUCAUAAUACCAUGGUCAGUCUUCCAACAGGUCUUGGAAAAACCAUGAUAGCUGCCGUCGUUAUGUAUAAUAUGUAUCGCUGGUAUCCAACGGGACGUAUAAUUUUUAUGGCACCAACAAGACCUUUAGUAGCCCAACAAGCUGAUGCAUGCCGUAAAAUAACAUGUAUUCCAAAAGAACAUACAAUACAAUUAACUGGUGAUACUCAAAAUACGACUCGUGGACCUUUAUGGGAAAAAAUUCGUGUAUUUUUUAUCACACCACAAAUCCUACAAAAAGAUUUGCAAUCAAAAAUAUGUCCAGCACAUUUAAUACGUUGUAUAGUUAUCGAUGAAGCUCAUCGAGCUCGAGGAAACUACGCGUAUUGUGAAGUUUUACGAUUAUUAGGAGAUCAUGCAUCGAAAAUACGUAUAUUAGCGUUAAGUGCCACACCUGGAGCAACACCAACUCAGGUAGCUGAAGUAUGUCGUGCGCUAAAGAUCUCACGACUUGAAGUACGUACCGAAUCCAGUGAAGAUGUUAAACCGUACGUGUUUAAUAAAAUAACAGAAACAGUUGUUGUACCUUUAGGAGAACCUCUGGCAUCUAUACGUGAUAAAUAUAUUGAGAUUUUGGAUCAGUACACACGAAGACUUAUGAAAAGUGGGGUAUUAACUGGGUCAGCUGGGAAUGUUCACAAAGGGCGAAUUUUUAUGAUUCAAAAAGAAUAUAAAGAAAAUUGUCAACGAAUGGGAAAGCGUCCUGAUAACUAUAUUUUACAAGAUCUCACAUUUUGUCUCACACUGUAUCAUGCCUUUGAAGUUUUGAUAAAACAUGGUUUACGAGGGUUUGUUACUUUUUAUAAUGAACAUGGAGGCGAUAAAGGUUGGGUCCGAAAAGAUGAACGCUUAACGAAUUUGUUAAAUGAAAUUCAAACAUAUUUAGGAUCGGCAGAAUUAAAUGUUUGCCAACUACCGGAUGGAACUGUUCCUGAGAUCGAUCCAAAUUUUGUAUUUGGUCAUCCAAAAUUUAAUAAACUACGUGAUAUUUGUCAACAACAUUUCACCAAAUAUCCAGACACACGUGUCAUGAUUUUUUGUGAAUAUCGUGAUAGUGUACAAGAAGCUUUUGCUGCAUUACUCACAUGUAGACCGCUUAUUAGACCACGAAUGUUUCUUGGGCAAAGUGCCAUUUCACAAAAACAACAAUUAUUUGUGAUGGAGAAAUUUCGUAAAGGUGAAUGUAACACAUUAAUUUGUACAUGUGUUGCUGAAGAAGGUUUAGAUGUAGCGGCUGUACAACUAAUCAUCUGCUUUGAUAUUGCAAAUCGGUCACCUAUUCGUUUGGCACAGCGUAUGGGUCGUACUGGCCGUCACCAAAUUGGGCGUGUUGUUAUUCUGGUCACAGAGGGAAGAGAACAACAGACCUUGGCCGAAACAAUGCAACAAAGCAGUUUAUUAGAUGAGAAAUUAACGAAAAGCAUGAUCGUCAAAACUAGUUUAUUACCUUCCGGACCACCAGUUAUUCCAACUAGAAUUCAGCCUAAUUGCUUACAAUUACAUAUGGAAUCAGCGGAUGAGAAAUCAGGGAAAAAGCAAGUAUCACCAAAACAAAGUCGAAGGGUUUCAAAAAAAGCUGAUGAGAAUGAAGUACUCAAUUUUAAUCAGAAACUUCCGGAUGAUAAUUUUAUACCUAACACAGAGCAAAAUUUAUGGACAUUUUCAAAAGGUAAGAAAAAUGUUAACCGGUAA